GAAAGAAUUCCUUACCGGGUAGUUUUAUUCAGGGAGAGAUUGGCCACAUCCGCAAGAAAUGCUCGCUUGAGAGUCCAGAGGUGCGGGGGAGCAGAAUCCAGCUGAACAUGGAGGGAGCCCUAACAGCGAGGGAUCGAGUUGGAAUCCAGGAUUUUGUGUUGCUUGAUUCUUUCACCAGUGAGACUGCCUUCCUGGACAACUUGCGCAAACGAUUCCGCGAGAAUCUUAUCUAUACCUAUAUUGGCACACUCUUGGUAUCUAUGAAUCCUUACAAGGACCUGGAAAUCUACACUUUGAAACAGAUGGAGCUUUACAUGGGAGUCAAUUUCUUUGAGUUGCCUCCUCAUCUCUAUGCCCUUGCAGACAAUGCUUACAGGACAAUGCUCACAGAGUACAACAACCACUUCAUCCUCAUUUCAGGGGAAAGUGGUGCUGGAAAAACUGUGGCAUCCAAAAAAAUUUUGCAGUAUUAUGCUGUGACUUGCCCUAGUAGCGACCAGCUGCAGAGUGUGCGUGAUCGUCUUCUCCAUUCUAACCCAGUCCUAGAGGCUUUUGGAAAUGCCAAGACCCUCCGGAAUGAUAACUCAAGUCGCUUUGGAAAAUACAUGGACAUUCAGUUUGAUUUCAAGGGGGAAGCAGUGGGUGGGCACAUUCUGAGCUACCUGCUUGAGAAAUCGCGAGUUGUCCACCAGAAUCACGGAGAAAGGAACUUUCACAUCUUCUAUCAGCUGCUGUCGGGUGGUGAUGAUGAGUUGCUGCGCUGGCUGGGGCUUGAACGCAAUGCCCAGAAGUAUUGUUACUUGGUACAGGGAGAAUGUGCAAAAGUAAGCUCAAUCAAUGACAAGCUUGACUGGCGAACUGUCCGCAAAGCCCUUUCCAUCAUUAGCUUUGGGGAAAAUGAUAUUGAGCAUCUUUUUGGAAUCAUUGCCAGUGUAUUACACCUAGGAAAUAUUCAAUAUGAAGACGACGGCAAAAGUGGGAAUGCCGUGUUGAGUGGUAAUGCAGAACUCCGGUGGAUUUCAAAGUUGCUGGGAGUCCCCUUGGUGGCACUACAAGAAGCUCUUACUCACAGGAAAAUAGAAACAAGUACAGAAGAGGUGCUUAGCCCUUUAGAUGUGGACCAGGCAUAUUAUGCCAAAGAUGCACUGGCCAAAGCAAUCUAUGGGCGUACAUUUACAUGGCUGGUGAAGAAGAUCAAUGAGUCUUUGGAAAAUCAGGAUGCCACCCGUAAAACCGUGAUUGGCUUGUUAGACAUCUAUGGCUUUGAAGUCUUCUCCAUUAACAGUUUUGAACAAUUCUGUAUCAACUAUUGCAAUGAGAAGCUGCAGCAGCUCUUCAUUCAGCUUACCUUAAAAUCUGAGCAGGAGGAAUAUGACCUUGAAGGGAUUGAGUGGGAACCUGUGCAGUUCUUUAACAAUAGGAUCAUCUGUGACCUGGUGGAACAGAAGCACAAAGGCAUCAUUUCAAUUUUGGAUGAAGAGUGCAUGCGACCAGGAGAAGCCACAGAUUUGACUUUCUUGGAUAAAAUGGAGGAGAAGAUAGGAAAUCACCCUCACUUUGUAACGCACCGACUGGCCGAUCAGAAGACCCGUAAGACCAUGGAAAGAAUGGAUUUUAGAUUGUUACAUUAUGCUGGGGAAGUCACCUACUGUGUCAUUGGGUUUUUGGAUAAAAACAAUGAUCUCUUGUAUAGAAAUCUCAAAGAGGUUAUGUGUCAAACCAGGAAUAGUAUUAUUAAGGUGUGCUUUGAGUUCUCGGAGCUGGACAACAGGAAGAGACCGGAGACGGUGGCCACCCAGUUUAAGAACAGCUUGAUGGAGCUAAUAGAGAUCCUCACCUCUAAGGAACCAUCCUACGUAAGAUGUCUAAAACCCAACGAUGCCAAACAAGCAGGCCAUUUCGAUGAUGUGCUGAUUCGACAUCAGGUCAAGUACCUGGGCUUGAUGGAGCACUUACGGGUGAGACGUGCUGGCUUUGCAUACAGACGCCGAUACGAGAUCUUUCUACAGAGAUACAAACCCUUGUGCCCAGCUACCUGGCCUCACUGGCAUGGUCCACCAGCUCAGGGAGUUGAGACACUAGUGAAGUACAUUGGUUACAAGCCUGAAGAGUACAAACUUGGCAGAACGAAGAUCUUCAUCCGGCACCCAAGAACACUUUUUGCAACUGAAGAUGCAUUUGAAAUAUGCAAAAAUGAACUAGCAACUAAAGUUCAAGCCAAAUAUAAAGGGUACAAAGUGAAAGGAGAAUACCAGAGGCAGAAGCAAGCAGCUAUAAAGAUUGAGACAUGCUGGAGAGGAGUGAAGGCCAGGAAGGACCGCAAAAAGAGGGAAUGGGCAGUAAAAGUUAUUAAAAAGUUUAUUAAAGGUUUUAUGUACAGAAACCAGCCCCUUUGCAAAGAGAAUGAAGAGUACUUGACCUUUGUCCGUCACAACUACCUCACUAAAUUGAAAGAUCACCUGCCUAAAAACCUGUUGGACAAGUCCUGGCUCAAACCUCCAGCCAUGCUAGAAAAGACAUCUGAACUUCUCCACAAGAUUUGCCUUCGAAAUAUGGUGAGGAAGUACAUUAAAGGGAUCAGUGCUCAGAGGAAAGCUCAGAUGCAGCUCAAAGUUGUGGCCAGCACAUUAUUCAAAGGAAAGAAGGAAGGUUAUUCACAGACUCUACCCAAACCAUUUGCUGACACUAGGCUAAAUGAACAAGAUAUAAAUAUGAAAGUACUACAAAUGAUUCGGAAUGAGAGAAUCAAGUAUGGCACCCAGGUGGUGAAAUAUGAUCGAAAUGGAUUCAAGCCCCGCUCGCGGCAGCUCAUUCUCACACAGGUGGCUGCCUAUGUUGUUGAAGAUGCAAAGAUCAAACAGAAGGUGGAAUAUUCCACAUUAAAGGGGGUAUCUGUCAGCAGUCUGAGCGAUGGUGUGUUUGUUAUUCACGUUCCUUGCACAGACAACAAACAAAAAGGUGACCUAAUCCUGCAGUGUGAUUACGUGUUUGAGACAGUGAUCAAGCUGUGCACGCUAGCCAACAAACAAGGUGUUGUGAAAGUAGUGCAAGGCAGUGUGAAGUUUACCAUUAAUUCUGGGAAGGAAGGCAUAAUUGAUUUUAGCACUGGGCAAGAUUGUGCAAUCUACAAGGCAAACAAUGGACAUCUAAUGGUGGUAUCUCCUAGACUGAAAUCUCGGUGACCAUUCUAAAAACUGAAGAUUAAAAACUGCAAUUAAGAAAAAUGUCCAACCUUUUUAACGAUGUGAGAAAAUAAAGCCAUACUCAACUUCUAGCACAUUAUCUGCAUUUAGUCUUAAUUAUUUAUCAGAUGACACUGUUAACAUUUUGCAAUAAUAGUAUGACACUGUAGUACCUGUUUGUACCUUGUAACCUUUAGAUUCAGAAUGUUUUAACCUUUUGAUGUGAUUUUAUUUUACUUUGAUCAAAACUGCUAGCACCUCCAUGCUAUUUAACAACCACUGUAUUUUAGUUCCAUCUUUGAUGGUCACUUUCCAAAGAGGUGUUAUAAAAAAAAAAAAAAAAA